AUGAAUGGUCAAGAUUACAAUGAAGGCUCCUCUUCUACGGCCGCCACUAGCAGUCCUACUUCUGGAGAUUCACGAAUGGGUAGGAAACAACGCUUCAUGAAUCUCAUAAGAACCACAAAGGACAUUUACAUUCCCAACCUAACGUCAUCCAUAUCUCAAAAGACAAUGGAUGGUAUUAGGAGCACAACGAAUUCCCUCGAAGGUCUCAAUGAUUUACCAGCGCAAUUGCCGCACAACACUAUAAUAACUUUUUUCCCAACGUAUACCACAACAAACUUGAUUGACUCCGAUGGUUCAAGUGCCCCCCGAAAAGAUUUUGAAACUACCGUCAGAUGUGCUGUUUCUUAUCCAGGAAACCCUACGAGCAGAAGGAAUAGAUGGUUGCUUUCUCUUUGCAAACAAUAUCUUAGGACGGGUACUGUGGAGGUCGAUACUGCGCCUGAGGCUCCCCCCCAUCUCGAAGAGGAUUCUGGAGAAUUAACCGAUUCUCAGUCAAGUAUAGAAAGUUCUUCAACUUCAAAGAGCAAUAACGGAUAUUCACAUAUGGGCCUCCAGGAAGAAGAUGUUUUAAAUGAAAGAAUCCAGGGAUUUUUGUCGAAAAAAAUCCCUAAUACUCCAAUAGUGGUUGAUCUUUUACCCAAAGAUAGACUUCGUGGGGACACCGCUUCUUUUUUUGGUACCACGGACGCUUACGGCAAUUUUUUAAUCAAAGCAGAAACAAAUUUUUUACCUUCCAAGAUUAAUAUUACAUUAGAUACCCCUAUAGAAGGCUGUGCAGAUCCUAUAUCUCAAACUUUUCCGAUCAAUUAUGUUUCACCCUACGGUAUUGGUUUAAUUAGUGACAUCGAUGAUACCAUCAAGCAUACUGGUGUUACAGGUGACAGGAGAUCAAUGUUUCGUAACGUUUUUAUUCAUGAUGUAAAAUCGUGGGUGAUAGAUGGUGUUCCUCUUUGGUACAAAACUUUACAUGAUGUUGCCGAUGUAGAUUUCUUUUACGUUUCUAAUUCUCCUAUUCAAACUUUCCCUCUUUUGAAAGAGUAUAUUUGCACAAAUUUCCCCCCAGGUCCAAUUUUUUUAAAACAAUAUUCUGGUAAUUUCUUUUCCACUAUUAUGACUUCUAGCGCAAAUAGGAAAAUUCAGCCAAUAACCAAUAUAUUAAGGGAUUUUCCUAAGAAGAAAUUCAUUUUGGUAGGUGAUUCUGGUGAACAUGAUUUAGAAGCGUAUACCACCACUGCUUUGCAGUUUCCAGACCAAAUUCUGGCUAUUUAUAUAAGGUGUUGCUCUAAUUCCAUGAGUGACGCACCAUCACAUGAUCGAGAAGUAAUGAGAGAAGUGAACAACAUCAUUGAAUUACAACAGCAACCUAUUCAAAUACCCAAAUCUUCCCUAGGUACCAGGAGAAGACCUCCUCCUCCUCCCAUUCCUUCCAGUCAAAAGCCAUUGUUAACAGAAGAGCAAACCGAAAGCAUUAGGCUAUCACGCCGUGAUAGACAUGACAACAACAUUAAUGAAGUUAUUCCCCCAGCACUACCAAAGAGACAGUUACCCAACUUAGACGCUGACGCUUACUAUGUUCCAUCUUCGCAGAACGAUUAUGGAAUGUAUGGUGCACUUAUGGACAAAAAAGCAGAUGAAUGGAAGAGAAGAGUAAUGGACUCAGUCCAAAAAUUGAGCAAUCAAGAUACUACUUUGAUGUUUUUCUCAGAUCCAGCAUUAAGUCUUGAAGAUAGUAUCCGCAGAAUUAGGCAGAAGUAUUCAAGCUAA